CUGGGAUCCUUCGCUUACCCACAAACCCAAUAUUAGAGCUGAAUGAUGGAGAACUUGUUUCGCCUAGUCGAUCAUGAAGACUUGUUCUCUCGGCGCUGCAUUUGGGUGAACGGCCCUGUGAUCGUCGGAGCAGGCCCCUCCGGCCUAGCCACGGCGGCUUGUCUCAGAGAACAAGGCGUCCCUUUCAUGGUUCUUGAGCGAGCUGAUUGCAUAGCCUCUCUCUGGCAGAAGCGAACCUACGACAGACUCAAGCUUCACCUUCCUAAGCAGUUCUGUCAGCUCCCCAAAGUUCCAUUCCCAGAGGACUUCCCAGAGUACCCCACAAAGAGACAAUUCAUCGACUACCUCGAAUCAUAUGCUAAGCGUUUUCAGAUCAACCCACGAUUCAACGAGUGCGUUCAAUCCGCUAGGUACGACGAGACCUGCGGCUUCUGGCGGGUCAAGACCGUUUCCACGGUCGGGUCUACUCGAACUGAGGUCGAGUAUAUUUGCCGGUGGCUCGUGGUGGCCACCGGCGAGAAUGCCGAGUGUGUCAUGCCUGAUAUCGAAGGGUUGGGUGAAUUCAAAGGUGAAAUCAUUCAUGUGUGUGAUUACAAGUCAGGGGAAAGUUUCAGGGGAAAGAAAGUUCUCGUUGUGGGGUGUGGCAAUUCCGGCAUGGAGCUCUCUCUCGACCUCUGUAACCACAAUGCGUCACCUUCGAUGGUUGUUCGUAGCUCUGUUCAUGUAUUACCCAGAGAGAUAUUCGGAAAAUCAACGUUCGAACUGGCCGUUAUGAUGUUGAAGUGGCUACCUCUCUGGCUCGUCGACAAGCUCCUACUGAUUCUUGCAUGGUUGGUUCUCGGGGACGUUGAGAAAUACGGGCUAAAACGGCCAUCGACGGGCCCAUUGGAGCUGAAAAACCAGGGGAAGACCCCUGUUUUGGACAUUGGAACAUUGGAGAAGAUUAGAUCCGGAGACAUAAAGGUUGUACCAGGGAUCAAGAGCUUUAACAAGCACCAAGUUGAGCUCGUCAAUGGCGAAACGCUCGAUAUUGAUGCAAUCCUACUAGCCACAGGAUAUCGCAGCAAUGUCCCUUCAUGGCUUCAG